AUCAGUCCUCGGAAUCAAAUCUGCAAAAAAUCAAAUUUUGUUUGAUUUUCGUCUCCUCAAGUCCGCCGUCGCCCAAUCGAACAAUGUCGUAUGCACAGAGUUUCUACGCCGAUCAGAAGAAAGUCGAGAAGCCAGCGGAGCAAGCUUCCUCUCCUGCCACGGCUGCCUUCCCCGCUACCACCCCAAUCGCCGAGGAUCCUCUGACUCCAUCCCAAAUCCAGGAUGCCAUCCGUCUCUACCGUUCGGUGCUCUCCUUGUCUGCGUCUGCCCCAUCAUCACCGGUUCGUCAAGCAGCGGCUCCAGUUGCUCCGGAACAGCCGAUUGUGCACUCGGACUACUAUGGUGGACCAUCGGAUAUUCCGUUGUCCUACCGUGUUAAGUACACCACGACCCAGCAGGCACCUGCGUCUCCAGCUCCGGACUUCACAGAGCAACAGUUGAUGGCUCAGCUGCAGGCUCUUCAGAUCCAGCAGCAGCAGCAGCCGGCACCAGAUGUUCCAGUCGUCGAGCCAGUUCAACAAGUUCAGCAAAAGCCAAAAGUUGCUCCGAAGAUGCUUCACAAGAUGUAUGACGAUGAAGAGUCUGGGUACUGCUUCGCUCGUAAAAAGGAUGUGGAGCAAGAGGAGGAAGUUCCGGAGAUCCACGUGGCCGCUCCAGUCACCACUCCGAUACCGACCUACUCGGCUCCUCCGGUCAACUAUGAAGCUCCGGUUUUCAACAACUACUACUCGAAGGGAGUCAGUGGGCCAUCCGAGUACAUUGGAAUGUCGAACGAUUGCAAGUUCAUCUACGACAAUCAAAGAUCCGUGCCAGCAUCUUACGCCCAGAAGAACGAGUACACUCUCGUCAAUGCAGCACAAACCGCGGCUCCAGUGAUCAACUAUCGCCAGGAGGAGCAAGAAGAGCACGGUGGUGAGGACAUCACUCAAGUUCCAGCCUCGCCAGCUGUUACUUCAAGAUUCAGAGGGCUUAUUAAGAAUGCUCAAACUCCAGUUCAAGCCACUGCUCCAAUUGUUGUCGAGCGCAUCACCCCAGUUGCUCAGAACAGCUACGGAGCCUUCAUGCCGGUCAACCAGAUGUCGAUGGAGUCGGAGUAUCAGCUGCCGGUGCUCAAUGACUUGGCCUCGUGCAUCGAACAUUAUUAGAAACUGGAGCUUGUCGGGCAUUGAAUCCUAUACUUGAUGUGUUUAACGAUAUUAUUGUAACGGUUUUAGAAAUGAAGGGAUUUUUU